AUGAGAAUGCCCAGAAGAGGCUUUGUAAUUCAAGCCAGGACUCGUUGGCUAUUAGUGGGACUUGCUUUACUAUUCAGUUUAGUCUUGCUCAUGUAUUUGCUCGAAUGUGCUCCACAAACAGAUGGUAAUGGAUCUCUACCUGGUGUCAUAGGUGAAAACAUGGGUAAAGAAUACUACCAAGCUCUCUUGCAGGAACAAGAGGAGCAUUAUCAAAACCGAGCUACCAGUCUGAAACGUCAGAUUGCCCAGUUAAAGCAAGAGCUUCAGGAAAUGAGUGAUAAAUUGAAAUCCCUACAAGAAAAAAAGACCCCCAAGGUCAAUGGUGUGAACUACCAGGGCACCAAAGAACAAGCAUCCAAUGAUCUCCUAGAGUUUCUUCAUUCCCAGAUUGACAAAGCUGAGGUGAGCAUGGGGGCCAAACUGCCUAGUGAAUAUGGCGUCAUUCCUUUUGAAAGUUUUACAUCCAUGAAAGUAUACCAGUUGGAGAUGGGGCUUACUCGACAUCCAGAAGAGAAACCUGUUAGAAAGGAUAAACGAGAUGAGUUGGUGGAAGUUAUAGAGGCUGGCCUAGAAGUUAUCAAUAAUCCAGAUGAAGAAGAUGGACAAGAUGAAGAUGAUGGAGUAGGAGAGAAGCAGCUGUAUAGUGAAAAUGAUUUCAUAGAAGGUUACUAUCGUACAGAGAGAGAUAAGGGGACACAGUAUGAGCUGUUUUAUAAGAAGAUGGAUGGCAUGGAAUACAGGCAUGUCACCUUGUUCCGGCCUUUUGGACCCCUCAUGAAAGUGAAGAGUGAAACGGUCGAUAUUUCUAGAUCAAUCAUUAACAUUAUUGUCCCUCUUGCUGGAAGAACUGAGGCAUUUGCACAAUUUAUGCAAAACUUUAGGGAUGUGUGUAUUCAUCAGGAUAAGCGUGUUCACCUAACAGUGGUGUAUUUUGGACAAGAUGGGCUAUCAGAAGUAAAAAGCAUCCUAGAAUCUGUAUCUGGAGAAACUAACUUCCACAAUUACACGCUUGUCUCUCUGAAUGAGGAAUUUAACCGAGGCCGGGGACUUGACAUGGGUGCCAGAGCCUGGGAAAAGGGCGAGGUCCUGAUGUUCUUCUGUGAUGUUGAUGUUUAUUUCACAGCCGAGUUCCUCAACAGUUGUCGCUUAAAUGCUGAGCCUGGGAAAAAGGUUUUUUAUCCUGUGGUGUUCAGCCUUUAUAAUCCUGCUAUUGUCUAUGCUAACCAAGAUAUACCACCCCCUGUGGAGCAACAAUUGGUACACAAGAAGGAUUCUGGCUUCUGGCGGGAUUUUGGCUUUGGCAUGACUUGUCAAUAUCGGACAGACUUUCUGAGUGUUGGGGGUUUUGACCUGGAAGUGAAAGGCUGGGGUGGUGAGGAUGUUCACCUUUACAGAAAGUACUUGCACGGUGACCUUAUUGUGAUCAGGACACCAGUCCCUGGUCUCUUUCACCUCUGGCAUGAGAAACAUUGUGCAGACGAACUCACUCCAGAGCAGUAUCGCAUGUGUAUCCAGUCCAAAGCCAUGAACGAGGCUUCUCACUCACACCUUGGGAUGCUGGUCUUCAGGGAGGAGAUCGAGACUCACCUCCGUAAGCAGGCUUACAGGACUAACAGCGAAGCAGUGGGUUAAAUGUCACUGCCGUGACAUUUGAUGACUUCAAAUUCACAAUGAGCCAGCGUCAUUUUACAGCCUUAAUUCAGCUUAAAAA